AUGAGCCUCAAGCGCUCUUUUCUUUGGACACCUGACCAUGACCAGGCCUUGAAACGUGUGAAACAAGCACUUUCAAGCCUGCCUGUUCUUCCGUAUUUUGACCCAACCCUCCUGACCAUUCUCCAGACUGAUGCAUCUUGCCUCUAUGGAAUAGGCUACAUUCUCCUCCAGGACCAUGGAUCUGGACAUCUCCGAGUAGUCCAGUAUGGAUCCCACUUUCUUGCAGACGCCGAAACGAGGUAUGCAACAAUUGAACUGGAGAUGCUUGCAGUAUCUUGGGCCCUCACAAAGUGCUGCCUAUAUCUCAAAGGACUGCCAACCUUCACCCUGAAAAAUGAUCAUCGCCCAUUGGUGCCCAUCAUCAACAGCUACACGCUGGACAUGGUUGAAAACCUACGGCUCCAGCGAAUGAAGGAGCACAUGUCACAAUACCAAUUUACUGCAGUGUGGCGCGCCAGCAAGUCUCUAUGCAUCACAGAUGCACUUUCUCGUGCACCAGUCAGUUACCCCACCUUUGAAGAUGUGACUGGCUGUGCUGAGGUAACAGCACACGUCAGAUACGUCAUCAACGCUACAACAGCUUCCCAGGAUGAGGAUGCCCCAACCAUUGAUGCCGAUCGGACCCUACAGGACAUGUGGAUAGUAGCACAGGCUGAGCCCACCUACGUUCGCCUAUGCGAUUGCAUCAGUUCUAGGUUUCCCACGAACCGGUACGACCUAUAUGCAUCCUUAUCACCGUACUGGAAGCUGCGAGAAGCCCUCAAUACUGACAGCAACCUCGUGCUCUAUGGGGUAGCUGGGAAGUCCUUUCUUGUGGUCACCGAGCGCCUUUCCGGCUGGCCUGUGGUUGUCCCUUGCAAGGGCAACACUACUGCCUCCUCGACCAUAUGGGACUUCUGCCGCUACUUCAGAGAGGUGCGUGUUCCCUUACGCCUGCACACCGAUGGAGGACCUCAGUUUACCAGCAAAGAAUUCGCCGACUUCACAGAACGUUGGGGUGUACACCACAUCACCUCAUCGCCACAUUACCCACAGUCUAAUGGGCACGCUGAGGCCGCUGUCAAGCACUUAAUCCUCAAAACGGCCCCACAGGAAACAUUGACUGCGAGGAUUUCGAUCGUAGUCUCCUUGAGUUAA